AUGGAUUUGGGAAUGAACUCGGGGAGCUCAGCAUCUCUUGUAAAGAAGCGCACGCGGAUUCUCCUCUCGUGCGCGCCAUGCCGGAACUCGAAGCUCAAGUGUGACCGUGAGCAGCCAUGCGGGCAGUGCGCCAAGAAGGGCCGCCUGGACUUGUGCGUCUAUGCGCCAAAGCCGGAGAAGAAGAGGCCGGCGGCCAAGGGCAUGGCGGCGCGGCUCAAGAGGCUCGAGGGGAUGGUGCGAGGCAUGAUGGACGACGAGGGGAAUCUCAGAUCGGGGCCUCAGGCGGCGGAGGGCGUUGCGCCGCAGCUGAAAGGAAAAGUUGUUCACGGAGAUAAUGCGACGACGUAUGUGGGCGCCACUCACUGUCUGGCGAUGCUUGAAGAUAUUGAGGAUAUCAAAGCCUACUUUGACGAUCCCGGGGACUCAGACGACGACUUACUGCCAGGCGAAGAGCUGGAGGGACCGGAGAUGCUUCUUUACUCUCGAGGGGCGCCAACUAGUCGCGAAGAACUUCUUGCUCAGCUACCCGAGAGGCAUGUAGCGGACAGACUAGUUACGCGGUAUUUUUCAUCUAAAAGCCCAUCUCAACACGUCGUUCACCGUCCGACAUUCACAAGAGCGUAUGUGAAAUUCUGGCAAAACCCUGGUGAAGCCUCACUUCAUUGGGUAGCCCUCCUCUUCAUGGUCCUCGCCCUGGGCGUGUUUUUCAAUAACUUUUCCGCCCCCGACGAGGUCGAGAGUGAUUCACCGAUAUCAGUCAAGGACAGAAUCAAGCAGUACCGCUCAUGUGCGGGAUGGGCGCUGAUAUGGGGUAAAUACUCCCAGCCGACGUCUGUAACGGUGCCGGCUUUUAUUCUUUAUGUGGAGGCCGACUUCAUUCUCAACCGAGCGGCGCAGAUGAACUGCUACAUCCUGUCGGGCGUCUGCGUGCGGUUGAUGCUCAAGAUGGGAUUCCAUCGAGAUCCUUCUCACCUGGCCAACAUUUCCCCCUUUGAAGGCGAGAUGAGGCGCAGGCAGUGGAACAUGGCUGCCCAGAUCGACCUCCUCGUCUCUUUCCACAUGGGUCUGCCGAGCAUGCUCGCUGGUAUUGAAACAGAUACAGAGCUGCCGCGUAACCUGGAAGACGACGACUUUGACGAAAAGUGCAAGGAGCUGCCGCAGCCACGGCCGGAGAACGUUUACACAUUUAUGACUUACGCUAUCCACAAAUCCAGGCUACUUCGUGUAUUUAGCAAAGUCGCCCAGCAGGCUCACUCAUUAACGCCGCCGAGCUACAGCGAUGUGCUGAAACUGGAUAACUUGUUGACUGAGACUUGGAGUAGCAUCCCGUCGUUCAUGUAUGUGAAGCCGUUGGAAGAGUGCGUCGGCGAGGAGCCCCACCAGAUCAUUCAACGAUACGGAAUUGCGUCGCUAUAUCACAAGAGCCGCUGCGUUCUCCAUCGACGCUACCUGGCAGAGGCAGACCCAAAGCCCGAGCACGACUACUCGCGAAAUCAGUGCCUGGAUGCCGCUACGACGCUGCUGGACUUUCAAUAUGCUUCUUGGUUGGGGUGCCAGCCCGGCAAUGUCCUCGGCCGCUCGGGCUGGUUCAUGAGCUCGCUCGCCGUGCACGACUUUAUGCUCGCCGCCAUGAUUCUAUACCUCAUCAUCCAGAACGACAACUAUUCCGAAGACGGCUCUGGCUUCGGCACGGCGGGCAGGCAAAGGGAGGCGCCGACCAAGGAGCAGCUGAUUGCCAUGAUCCGGCGAUCACAUGAUAUCAGCUGUCAAGUAUUCAACAAGUUGACGGAUCUAAGAAAGACGGCAGAUACGCUGGCUGUGAUGCUAGCCAAGCUCGGACGGCCGGUUGAACGAAGCUCGCCUGCUUCCUCUAGCACGCAAUACCCACAGUCCGAUUCAGGCUCUAGCUCUGGCCCAACACCAUUCUCCCAGGGUCAGCCAGCAGCCAGCACUGCAGCUAAUGCGGGAGCUAUACCCAGCCGCAGCAACGCCGGUGCGCAAAUAGCAAACAACAUUAACCAGUUCGACAUGUCCUGGAUGUUAUCUGUGGAUAACGUAGACUGGAGACAUCUAGAUGCUUCCCUCGGCCAGAAUGUGACGGAUGGGUCGGGUUCCAGCACGGCUCAGUCGUGGAUGGAGAGAAUGCCGCUGGACGAUGUGGAUAUGUUGAAUGCUGAUCUUUGGAAUAUGGCCCCUGAAACUGAUGGCCAAUGA